UGUUUCUCAAUUUCCCAGCAUGCUAGUUGCAUGCACACAAGUACAAGAUGGCGCAAGCUAUAUUUGAAGCAUUGGAAGGGAUGGACAAUCAGACGGUGCUGGCUGUUCAGUCUCUUUUGGAUGGACAAAGUGGAGUGACAGACCCAUCUAACCAGAAUGUAUCGGCAGCUUCCACCAUCCAGCUGGAUGAUGAAGAUGUAUUUCUGUGUGGGAAAUGUAAAAAACAGUUCAACUCUCUCACUGCGUUUAUGAUCCACAAGCGGGAGCAAUGCCAGGCUAACACCCCUUCUCUAGCCACAGUGUCACUCUCUUCUAGCAAUGCUUACACAUCUGUGCCAUCCAUCAACUCUGUUCAGCACAGUCCCAUCUCCAGUCGACAGCCAGUGUCCACCUAUGUUACGGUUCCUCAGUCACCCCUUGCUCACACAUUGAUACAGGGGAAUGUCCUUGUCAGUGAUGAUGUACUGAUGUCUGCUAUCUCGGCCUUCACGUCUAUGGACCAGUCUGCUAUGCAGCCAUCUGUGCAGAGCAAUAUGAACAUGCAUGCCAGCUCAUCCUACCUCCAACAUCCUGCACCUCCAGGCCAGUCAGCUUCUCUUGUUGCACAGGUGCCAUCUAGUAGUAGCAAUGCUGGUGCCCAGGUCUACAGUUCAUUGCCUGCUAUAACUGGAAAUGGUGCUGGAGAAGUUCAGGGUCUGAGUCUUCAGCACUUUCAGCAAUCACAGCAGGUUCCAAGCCAGUGUGUAGACAGUCCUCCAUUUUCCAGUCCACCAGUGUAUAGCCCUGGAAAGCAAGGAUUCAAGACAAAAACCAGCAGCAUUAGCAGUUCCAUCACCAGCAAUAACCUUUCGGAGCAAGGAGAUUUUGAUCAAUCUGCUAAGCCGCACCAUACAAAAAGCAUAGUUGAUGGACAGGCAGGUGCUUCAAUAAAAGGAAAGGCCCAGAAGCUGAAAUGCAGCUUCUGUGACAAAACAUUCACUAAGAACUUUGAUCUACAGCAGCAUGUCCGUAGCCACACUGGGGAAAAGCCAUUUCAGUGUAUUGUGUGUGGUAGGGCCUUCGCACAGAAGUCGAAUGUGAAGAAACAUAUGCAAACUCAUAAAGUGUGGCCUUCUGGAAUGGGAUCAACGGUCUCUCGGCUGCCCAUUACUGUUAAGGUCAUUCCUUCAAAUAACAGUGAAGGUGGAGAUCAGCCGACAGAGAAAGAAAACCACUCAGGCGAGAUGGGAGUACCUGACAGCACCAUUCCUCCUGAAAUGGACAGCCAGCUCCAAAGCAAACCAAGGACGUGUGGGAACAAUGAAAACAAGCAGAUUGUACUCAUCGAUAGUUCAUACCAAUGCCAGUUCUGUGGCAGUAAAUUUAGUACAUACUUCCAACUGAAGUCGCAUAUGACGCAACACAAGGAUGAGCAGGUUUACAAGUGUGUUGUCAAGUCCUGCUCCCUCACCUUCCAGAAGCUGGAUCUGUUUCUGGAGCAUAUAAGAACCCAUCAAGAGCAGCUCACAUACCGCUGCCAUCUGUGCAGUAAAGUGUUUCCUUCGCUGUUUGAACUCGGGGUACAUCAGUAUUCACACAACUUCUGUCCACAGCAGAAUCCUCGAAAGGAGUCCACAUUUUUCAGGUGUUUAAAAUGCCAAAGCAGAUACUCCACACAAGAAGCUCUGGAACAGCAUCUUCAAACAGCCUCUCACAACUUCCCCUGCCCACACUGUCAAAAGGUGUUUCCAUGUGAAAGAUACUUUCGUCGACACCUUCCAACACAUGGAAUUGGGGGCAAAUUUAAGUGUCAGAUCUGCAAGAAGUUCUUCAAAACUGAGCACUACCUCAAACUUCACACUCGCAUUCACUCUGGAGAAAAGCCUUAUAAAUGCUCUGUGUGUGACGCCACAUUCAAUCGCAAAGACAAAGUAAAAAGACACAUGCUGAUCCACGAGCCCUUCAAGAAGUACAAAUGUCCGUUCAGAACACAUGUGGGCUGCAGCAAAGAGUUCAACAGGCCAGACAAGCUGAAAGCACAUAUACUCUCCCACUCGGGUAUUAAGCCUUACAAGUGCCAGUAUUGCCAAAAAGCAUUCAGCCGCAGAGCUCACAUGCUCGAGCACCAGAGGUCACACACCGACAACUACAGAUUCCGCUGCGUUACCUGCAACAAAGGCUUCACGCGACAGAAAUAUUUCCGGGACCACAAGUGCCCACUGGUGUCUGGAGCGGGAAGAUCGGGACCAGAAAAAAGUGCAACUAAGAAAAAGGCCGCUCAGGCGUCCAAGGAGGUAGACUGCAUGCGGACCAACGAGGAAGCACACCUUCCUCACGACGGCAAGGUGCUGGGCCUCGAGAAGGACAAAGAGGGCCGGAUAUUAGAGUCGCUCGGGGAGAACGGAGACAAAGAAUCGGCGGAGGUCCACAUUCCAGCGCAGGAGCUCUCGGGAGCCAUGCCAAGCACUGAAGAUCUGGCGGAGCUGCAGACUAACCAGGACGUGACUAUGCUGGCAGUGCCCAUCUUCAUUCAGGCUGUAGACUGACGGGACGUCUCUGGCAGCUUAUUUUCUUUUUUAACCGACUACUGGAUGUGGUCAAGAAAGAGCUCAGGAAUUCGGCUGCCUUUAUGUGAUGGAAGGAAAUCGCCUCAACAUUCCGUAAAAGAAGGACCAAUGGGAACGACGUCAAGCGCAUUGCUUUGUCAUUUCAGGUGCAAUCGACGAAGUAAAGUGGUUUUUAAAUGUG